AUGGCGGCGCCGUCGCCGGGCCCGCCGCGGGAGGCCGGCCUGGAGGCAGAGCGGCCCGGCCCGGCCCCGCUGAGCCUGACGGCGCUGCCGGGGGAGCUGCUGGAGCUCAUCGCCUGCUGCGGGGCGCUGAGCGCCGCCGACGUGGGCCGCCUGGCCGCCACCUGCCGCCGCCUCAGGGACGCCUGCCAGCCCCGCGGGAAGGUCUGGCGGGAGCAGUUCCGACUCAGGUGGCCAUUGCUAAUGAAAUACUACAACCAGACAGAGAGCAUCAAUUGGCUGGAAGAAUAUAAAGAACGACACAAAGCUGGCUUGGAAGCAAGAAGAAUUGUAGCGUCGUUCUCCAAAAGGUUCUUUUCAGAACAUGUUCCCUGCGAUGGCUUCAGCGACAUUGAGAGUCUGGAGUGCCCAAGUAACUUCUUUGAGGAUGAACUGAUGUCCAUCCUUAACAUGGAAGGAAGGAAAGGCCUGACCUGGAAGUACUAUGCAAAGAAAAUUCUCUACUUCCUGCGGCAACAAAAUAUUUUAAAAAAACUGAAGGCAUAUCUUCAACGCCCAGCAGAUGAACAGUCCUUCUUGGAAGGCGCUGUAUUAAUCGAUCAGUACUGUAACCCUUUGUCAGACAUUUGCCUUGAGACUGUUCAGGCCCAGAUUGAUGAUAUUGCUGCUAAAGUUCGUACAUUUCUGAAGUCUAAACACCCUCGGCAUCCCAGCGUGACCUCAAAAGCAGGAGAAGUCUCUCAGGAAGUCUCUGAGGUGGAGUUUCAGAGGCAAGUUCUGGAUGCCAUGAACUACGUCCUGUAUGAACAACUGAAAUACAAAGGGAACGAGGUGGAUUAUUACAAUUCUCUGAAUUCAUACAUUCACCAGGUUUUGAUCCACCGGACCGGAAUCCCGAUCAGCUUGUCUGUGCUUUAUUUGACCAUUGCCAGGCAGCUGGGAGUCAGGUUGGAGCCUGUCAACUUUCCCAGUCACUUCUUGCUCAGAUGGUGCCAAGGGACAGAAGGAAGCACGGACAUCUUUGACUACACUUACAUAGAUGCUUUUGGGAGGGGCAAACAGCUCAAUGUGAAGGAAUGCGAGUACCUGAUUGGGCACCACGUGACAGGGGAGUUCUACGGUGUGGCAACGGCAAAGGAAGUUUUGCAGCGAAUGGUGGGCAACUUGCUGAACAUCGGGAAACGGGAAAGCACUGAUCAGUCCUACCAGCUCUUGAGAGACUCAUUGGAUCUGUACCUGGCCAUGUAUCCAGACAAUGUGCAGCAUCUAAUGCUCCAAGCAAGACUGUACUUCCACCUAGGAAUUUGGCCAGAAAAGGUUCUGGACAUUCUGCAGCACAUUCAAGCCUUGGACCCUUCCCAGCAUGGGGCGGUGGGCUAUUUAGUCCAGCAUACGUUGGAACACAUUGAACGGCGGAAAGAGGAAGUGGGGCCCGACGUGAAGCUCCACUCCGAUGAGAAGCACAAAGAUGUCUGCUAUUCUGUUGGCCUGGUUAUGAAGCACAAGAGAUACGGCUAUAACUGUGUGAUCUACGGCUGGGACCCAGCCUGCAUGAUGGGGCAUGAGUGGAUUCGAAACAUGAACGUCCAUAGCUUGCCUCAUGGCCCCCACCAACCUUUCUACAAUGUAUUGGUGGAAGAUGGAUCUUGCCGAUACGCUGCACAAGAAAACCUGGAACAUAACACAGAGCCUGGUGAAAUCCCUCACCCAGACAUCGGCCGCUACUUCAUGGAGUUUUCUGGCACGCACUAUGUGGCAAACGCAGAACUGGAGAUCCGAUACCCUGAGGAUAUGGAGCUUACACGUGCAGCUGUCCAAAAGAUACACAACGAGAAAAAGGAAUGA